AUGAUCCCCGCUGCAACCGCCAAGUACGAUUGGAUCCUAGCCCUCACCUCCAUCACCUUUGUCUUCAGUGCCUUUGGUAAUGGAGCCAACGAUGUGGCCAACUCGUACGCCACAUCCGUCGCUGCUCGCACGCUGAGCAUGUGGCAGGUCGGUAUCUUGGCCGCGUGCACCGAGUUCAUCGGUGCUGUUGCCCUUGGAGCCCGAGUUACCUCUACCAUCAAGUCCGGCAUCAUUAGCAUCGACCGGUUUGAAAACCAGCCAGGCCCUCUGAUGCUGGCAAUGGGCUGCGCUGAAAUGGGCAAUGCUGCCUGGCUGAUGUUUGCAACCGGCAUGGGCUGGCCUGUCUCUACUACUCAAACAAUUGUCGGUGCUCUGGUCGGUGUCGGCUUUGCCGCUCAGGCACCUAUCCACUGGGAAUGGACCAAAGGCAGUGUCUCCCAGAUUGCCGCCUCGUGGGGUAUUGCCCCGGCCAUUGCCGCCGGCUUCUCGGCUAUCAUCUUCGGCAUUCUCAAAUACUCCGUCCUCGAGCGCAAGGAUCCCUUCAAGUGGGCCAUGCGUCUUAUCCCCGUCUACCUCGCCACGACAGGCGCCAUCCUCGCCCUCUUCAUCGUCGUCGAAGCUCCCACCGCCCCCUCCCUCGAGGAAUUCGGCGCCGGCAAAGCCGUCGGCAUCAUCCUGGGCGUUUUCUUCGGCUGCCUCCUCAUCGGCGUCGUCUUCUUCCUCCCCUACUUCCACCGCCGCCUCGUCAAGCAGGACGCCCGCGUCCGCUUCUACCACCUCCCUCUCGGCCCCUGGCUGCUCAAGGAUACCUGCCCGCUCUACUUCCCGGGCAAAGGCGACAAAUUCGUAACCAACUACUACGAAGACGCCUACGGCGAAGUCCUCGCCGGCAGGAAAACCCAAGCCCACGCCCACACCGCCGAGAAACAACCCCAACAAUCCCAACCCACCGACGCCAAACUCCUCGAGUCCACCCAGGACGUCGAACGCACUGCCGCCUCCGCACAGUCAACCCCCGAGCUCAAACCCCGCAAGAAACACCUCGGCCCCCACGAACGCUUCCUCCACCCCGUCGCCGACCUCCCCUGGACGCAUCCCCGGAAAUGGCUCGGCUGGACCAAGUUCUGCCUCCUGCAGGGCGUCACCCGCGACGUGGUAACCCAUGACUCCGCCCAGCUGCGCGACAUCCACUCGCGCGCGCGCCGCUACGAUGACCGCGUCGAGCACCUCUGGACAUACUGCCAAGUCGUCUCUGCGAUGAUGAUGUCGAUAGCGCACGGGAGCAACGACGUUGCGAAUGCGGUGGGGCCGUGGGCGGCUGUGUAUGCGACGUACCAGGCCGGCGAGGUCGAUACCGAGGCGCCGACGCCGGUGUGGUUCCUUGUUAUUGCGGGGUUGCUGCUGGGUCUUGGGUUCUGGUUCUACGGGUAUAAUAUUGUGCGGGCGUUGGGCAACAAGAUCACGCAGAUGUCGCCUACCAGAGGGUUUGCGACGGAGUUGGGGGCGGCGAUUACGGUGUUGCUUGCGUCCAGGCUGGGGUUGCCUGUGUCGACGACACAGUGUUUGACUGGUGCGGCUACUGGUGUGGCGCUGAUGAAUUAUGAUUUGGGAGCGGUGAAUUGGAGGCAGCUUGGUUUUAUCUUCAGUGGGUGGGUGUUGACGUUGCCUUCUGCUGGAUUGAUUGGAGGGUUGUUGUGUUUGAUGGCUUUGAAUACGCCGCAUUUUUAG